UCAGUUCUUUUUGCAUUUUCAGAUUAAUUAGUUGUCACUUCAGCUGUGAGAUCCUUUUGGGACUGAUUAGGCUAGGUAGUUGGAAUGAGUGUGGAAGAGGAGGAGAAUCUACAGUUCUUGCAGUGUGUGGGGGUGGUGUUGCGAGGGUGGACUGCCCUACAACUUGCCAUCCAGCAUGGUUUCGGAGGAGCUCAUAGUGUAGAGAAGGGGGAAUGGAUGGCAGGUGCAAUUGCAGACUGUUUCUUCAAAAACAAAGAUCUCAAGUACUACGAGGUCAGUGAGAUGCUGGAAGAUCUAAUGCAGGACGAAUUCAACACAGAAUUGGACGACAACAGUCAAAUUGAAAUUGGAACUCUCCUUUGCAAAUGCUACGAGCUGUACACCACCAACAGAAAGUCAGAGCUGAUCAAACUGAUUGGUCACGCACCAGUAGCUGCAGUGACUCAAUCCGAAUCCAGACUCCAACAAGGUGACGAUGAUGAUGAAGAUGAUGACGAAGAUGUCAACAUGGAUUGCAAUUGCUCGGUUACAACUCACUUGAAGAAUUGGCAAAUUGGCGAAGAGCCAUCUGUUGAAGAAGCGGAAGAACUGAAUCUACACGGUGAUAAAGUAGCAAACGAUAGUUCAAAUAUUGACAUGCAAGAUGAUGGAUGGACUGAAGUCUCAAAAAAGAGUAAAACUAAAUCGAGAAAACCAUGAUAUUUGAUUUUAUGUCUUUUCCUCGAUUUAUUUUUGCCGAAA